CCACUGAUCCUGACGCACCAAUUCAGUACAUUUGCCAGCAGAGAGCAUUGUGAGAUCGCAGGUCAGGAGGAUGACUGCUCGAGUGUGUUUCUCAUUGAUUGCUGUUUAUUCGUGUCUGUUCGGAUACUUGAGCAUAACUCAUGCUAUUCAAAGACAAACCACAGUGAAGCCGGGUCAAUGUCCCCUACCGGAGAUGAUUCCACUGCGUGCUGAAAGCUGUGUCCGUGAUAGCCAGUGUCCUGCCACACAGAAAUGUUGCCCAACCGCUGGUGGCUUUUCAUGCAGUGAACCACGUGGCCAGGGAAGAGGCCAGGGCCAGGGUAGCGGUCAGGGCAAUGGAAGCAGUCAGGGCAAGGGUCAGGGCCAGGGAAGCGCUCAGGGUAGCGGCCAGGGAAGCGGCCACGGUCAGGGAAGCGGCCACGGAAGUGGUCAGGGCCAGGGAAGUGGUCAGGGCAAGGGCCAGGGGAGCGGCCAUGGUCAGGGCCAGGGAAGUGGUCAGGGCCAGGGAAGUGGUCAGGGCCAGGGAAGUGGUCAGGGCCAGGGAAGCGGCCAAGGUAGUGGUCAGGGCAAGGGUCUGGGCCAGGGAAGCGGCCAGGGCCACGGCCAGGGGAGCAGCCAGGGCCACGGCCGGGGCCAGGGAAGCGGUCAGGGCAAGGGUCAGGGAAGCGGCCAUGGUCAGGGCCAGGGAAGUGGUCAGGGCCAGGGAAGCGGUCAGGGCAAGGGUCAGGGAAGCGGCCAAGGUAGCGGUCAGGGCAAGGGUCUGGGCCAGGGAAGCGGCCACGGCCGGGGCCAGGGAAGUGGUCAGGGCAAGGGUCAGGAAAGCGGCCAUGGUCAGGGCCAGGGAAGUGGUCAGGGAAGUGGCCAGGGCCAGGGAAGCGGUCAGGGCAAGGGAAGCGGUCAGGGAAGCGGCCAGGGCCAUGGUCGGGGCCAGGGAAGCGGUCAGGUUAAGGGAAGGGGCAAUGGCCAGGGUAGGGGCCAGGGCCACAGUCAGGGGAGCGGCCAGGGUCAGGGAAGC